AUGUUGUACGACACAAGAGUCUUGGACACCAACAAAGGCGCUGCACUUGCCCUAGAGUGGUCGACUAAAUGUGCGAACAGCCACGAGACGUGUAACGCUGUACGUGGCCACGGCGUCCUCCCAAAACGAAUCCUUGACCUAGCGACUUCGGUUGAGGACGUAUCGCUAUACGUGACACAGGGCGAAUCUGUUCCCUAUGCGACGCUCAGCUACUGCUGGGGAUCUGCCACGUCGUUGAAGACCCUGUCGAGCAACCUGGAUGCUCACCGCCACGGAAUACCCAUUGAAGCGAUGCCCACGACGCUCCAAGAUGCAGUUCGCCUAGCGAGGGCCAUGGGGUUUCGCUACCUCUGGAUUGACGCACUCUGCAUCGUCCAGGAUGAUCCAGCUGAUUGGGCGGAACAGUCUGCCGCCAUGACAGACAUAUAUCAGAGAUGCACCGUCAACAUUGCCGCGCUCGAUGCCUUAGACUGCGACCAGGGAUUAGUGCCAAAGCUCUCGAACCACAGCCGCGUGCUCGCUUCCAGUGCCGCCAGUGGCGACCCAUCGUACACCAGAGGCUGGGUGUUCCAGGAAACCUUGGUGUCGCCGGCAACACUCAGAUGCACCAGCGCGGGCAUCCAGUGGGAAUGCUGUCAAGAGGGUUGGGCCGACCUCAUCCGCCGGCAAUCAACGGCGCAGCCGAGCCCCGCGCCAAUAUACACCUGGCAUCAGUACGUUGCCGAGUUCGCCGACCGGCGCCUAUCCGUGCCGACCGACAAGCUGCCCGCCAUGGCCGGCGUCGCGGCGCGCUUCUCCCACCUCUUCAACCUUACUUACGCAGCCGGACUGUGGCGCGAGCAUUUCCUCAGCGGACUCACUUGGGGUCGCACGACCGGCACAUCGCUCGUCAGGCGCGUUGAUCGAGCCCCGUCGUGGAGCUGGGCCUCGGUCGACGGUCAGGUGGCGUAU